ACACACAAAGGAAGUGACAUCUGAAUUUGAAUUGAGAGCAGCAGUCGUCUGUCAGAUCAACUUCAUCGGAAGACUGAAGCUUCAUUGGAAGACUCUGAAGACGAAACAUCAGUAUCAUCAUCAUCCUCAUAAUCCUCAUCAUCCUCAUCAUCAUCCUCAUCAUCAUCAUCAUCACCAUCAUCAUCAUCAGCUUCCUGCCUCUGUCCUUUCUCCACGCUCUGACUGGCUGAGAUGACAAACCAGGUCAUUCAUACUUGUGACUCUGUGGUGGGUGGAGCCUCUGGAGAGGAUAAAGUGUCUUUCCAGGUGUUUCCAGACUCAGUGGAUCGUAUUCCAAAACUUUCCAGGCGUGUCCCGUCCAUCGUUGUGGAGCAAUCAGACGGAGAUGAUGUGGAGAGCGGAGAGCUCCGAUGGCCUCCAGAUGAUGUCAGUGGUGACACAGAGGACCACAACCGGGUGACAGGUGGACCUGUAGAAGAGGCGGAGCCACAGGAACAGGUGAUGGAUGCAGUUUAAACCCCACUGACCAGCGUGGCUCCUUUAUUUUCAGCCAAUCUUUGUGAAGGUCCCUGUGAUGAGGCAGGGGGCGUGGUCACUAUACUUGUAGCCACUCCUCCAUUCCAGAGGGGCGGAGUCAGACCUGGACAGAGUGAGAAAAGAUGAAGAUCCCAACAUGAAAGUAAACACUGAACUUCAGAUGGCUGAAGGGUCGAGUUUGAAAAGAUUGUGGGAUGUGAGCAGCAGGAAAAUCCAAAAUAUGAAUAUGCUGAUGGGCUGAUCCACUGGCUGCUUUAUAAAAUUCUUUAGUCACAUCAUUUAGUCACUUUUGUAUGUUUGUAGGACUGUUUGUGCUAAAAACUUACAUAAUGCAAUUGAUAUACAUCAUUUAAAGUUUCUAAUGAAUCAAUUUAACCAUUAAAUGCAUGAGUUGUUCUUCUGACACUGACCUACAGCUCUUCGUCAAAUCAUGCCGACGCAACCUUUUCAGAUUAUCCAAAAUAACAAACAUUUCUGAAAUGUUCCAGUCAUUUACACAAUCUGAAUAUGUGUUAGCUCUAGACCUGGAUGAAUGAGUCACAUCAGACUGAAAUCUUUCUUGUAUCUAUUGUUAGAUGAUGCACAGAGCAACUGAAGCGGUGCUGAUUCUGGACAAAAUAAAGACUUUUGGAGUCUUCA